AAUGAACCGAUUAAGUUUGGCUAUUUUUUUAGCUGGGUUAUACUAUUUACAGUUGUCAUUGCGAUUAAUUUGAGAAAUUAUAUCUGACUGAACCUUGUACAUUUCAAUUUUUCUUGCUUUUUAUUUAAUAAAUAAAUAUGAGGAGGAAGGGUAAAAGUAGGCUGCUAACCAGAAUGAGCUGUAUCAGUGUAUGGGAUAGAUGGCUGAUCUGUCUCUUAAUUGGGUUGAUCUUGAACUGAGCCUUACUUUGAUAAGAUACAAUUUCAAACCUGAAAGUGAGUGGGUGGGUUUUUGUUGUAACCCUGCAACAAUUGUUUGGCAAUUAGUAGUGACUAGAUUAAACAAGAUUUAUAGCAUUUAUGCUAUCAAUUAUUGACAAAUCCAACUUUCCAGACAUACCAAUAGUGGAUUAGGAUUUGAACAUUGUCAACCUUGUUUUUCCCUUUUUUUUUUCAUUUUUCUUUUUCCAAAAUUAGGAUUUGAGUCAUUGAUCUGAAUUUCGGUGAAGACAAUUGUUACCGUUAAAGAGGGCCAAAAUCAAAGUAAAGGGUGAGAAUUCAGGCGCAGCCAUGGGUGGUGAGAGAUGAAGAUUUGACUAAAUCUUGAAUGGAGCAUGAUACAUAAAGCAUUUUAAGUAUCAUGAUUUCUGAUUACCUUGUCUCUCGGAAGCCUGCCUUAUGCAAGAUAAGGACUCAGCGCCCCCUUCUCCUCUAGUGGAGGCAAUCCGCAGUAAUAGUCUGCUGCAGAGACCUUGAGCACUAUAUGUCGUAAGAGUGAUCUUAAGAUUGGCUACCAAUAGAUACUUCCAGAAUGGAAUACCUACCAAAGGAAAUCUCCGGAAUGGACCGCGGGAAACUCACACUGAUGGGGUGCACUGUUUGUGUAAUGCUCACUCUACACUUUGCAAUACAGCUUGUAUCACAACAUUUCCAAUCUUGGAAGAAGCCAAAGGAACAGAUGGCAAUAGUAAUUAUCGUCCUCAUGGCUCCGUUAUAUGCCAUUGACUCCUACGUUGGUCUGCUAGACAUUCGUGGGAGCGCAACAUUUUUCACAUUCUUGGAUUCUGUCAAAGAAUGUUACGAGGCUCUGGUGAUGGCAAAGUUUUUGGGUUUGAUGUAUACUUAUCUGAACAUAUCGAUCAGCAAAAACAUGGUGCCUGAUGAAAUCAAAGGAAGAGAAAUUCACCACUCAUUCCCAAUGACUCUAUUCCAGCCUCACACUGUCCGACUGGACCAUAAAAAUUUAACGCUUCUCAAGCAAUGGACAUGGCAAUUUGUUUUAAUUCGCCCAGUUUGCUCUGUAUUGAUGAUAUCGCUUCAACUUCUUGGAAUAUAUCCCAGUUGGCUCAGCUGGACAUUCACCAUGAUCUUGAAUGUUUCAGUUUCUUUGGCAUUGUAUUCCCUUGUGGUUUUCUACCAUGUUUUUGCGAAAGAGUUGGCACCACACAAACCACUCGCCAAGUUUUUGUGCGUCAAAGGCAUCGUCUUCUUCUGCUUCUGGCAGGGAAUUAUGCUUGACAUUCUUGUAGCAAUGGGAAUAGUUAAGUCAAAUCAUUUCUGGCUUGAUGUCGAGCAUCUCCAGGAAGCUCUCCAGAACAUGUUAGUGAUUGUGGAGAUGGUUUUCUUCUCUCUUCUGAUGCAAUAUGCAUACAGUGCUGCACCUUACCGCACUGCUUCAGUUUCAGACACCAGUGGCAAAAAGAAAGAGUGAUUGGGAAUCUCAUAUAUACGUCGAGCGACCUUAUUGUUGUACUGUAUUGUGGUGUAUGCUGGUGUCGAUUCAUGCCG